AUGCUCCGGACUAUUGUGCGGGACUUUGGCCGUGCAGCAGAGGUGGUGACUGUCGAGCUCUAUCAGCCGCAGGUUCCUGGCCCAAAGCAGGUUCGAGUACGGAUGUUGCUGGCCAGUAUUAAUCCUUCGGAUCUGGUGACCAUAUCUGGCGCUUACCGAUCGAGAAUUUCACUGCCUUUUGUACCCGGAUUCGAAGGUGUUGGUGUGGUUGAGUCGGUUGGUGCUGGUGUCUCCGAAUCGCUCAUCGGACAGCGAGUUCUACCGCUAGGGAGCCAAGGCGCAUGGCAAAACGUCAAGAUCACCGAAGAACGCUGGUGCUUCCCCGUACCGGCAGAUCUCACCGAUCAGGAGGCAGCAAGGGCAUAUAUCAACCCUCUGUCGGCCUUCAGGAUGGUUCAUGAGUAUGGACCCUCGCCUGGUGCAUCGGUGGUUGUCAACGCCGCCACGUCCGCUAUCGGGCAGAUGAUUAUUCGCAUGCUUAAUCGUGCUGCUAUUCGGCCAAUUGCGCUGGUUCGACGAGCUGGCGUCGAGAGCCAAUUGAAAAGUCAACUUGGCGUGUCAGCCGUCCUUUGCACAUCGGAAGUCCGAUUACAGCAUAAGUUGCUCGAGUUGACCAAUGGUCGAGGUCUAUCUGUUGCUUGGGAUGCGGUGGGCGGGUCUGAGGGUGACGACCUUGCUCGUGCUCUGAGCCCUGGUGGGACGCUAGUUCACUAUGGACUGUUGUCUGGCACGCCCUUGUCACUCCGUUUGUACGAGGAGUGCCCGCAAGCUCGAAUUGUUCUGUUUCGACUAAGAGACUGGGUUCAUUCUGCUGAGCGACAUGCGUUACAUUCAGCUUUGAACGAAGUUUUUCAACUCAUUCGCGAUGGCAUCGCAGCGUCAGAGGUGGCGGCUGUGUUUCCACUAUCAUCUAUCCAACAGGCGCUAGAGUAUGAGGCCAAGUCAGGACGUCAAGGAAAAGUUCUACUAUCUAUGCAAAACAGAUAA